AAAAAAUACGGUUCAAUAUUAAGCGAUAUGAAUUGUCUGGCGAAAGUGAUUAAAUAUAUUUUAUUUGUAUUUAACUUGCUGCUCUUGAUUUUAAGUUUAUUUUUCAUAAUAUGGUUUGGAAUUGUGUUGGGUUAUAUGGUGCACGUGGAUAAUGACGUAGGAUACCAAAUAUUGCCAAUAGUUGUCAUUGUCAUGGCCAGUAUAUGUUUUAUAGCAUCUUUCCUUGGUUGCUUUGGCAGCAUAAGAAAUAAUAUUUGUCUAUUAAAAACUUACUCUAUCGUAAUGAUCAUACUAUGCUGUAUCGAAGUAAUCGUUAUUAUAUUAAUAUUUGUCACACGUCAACAAAUUAGUAAAACGGAUGUUAACAGUAAAGAUAUGGCUAAUAUAAUUGGGGGUAUUAGUAUAGGUAUAGCAGGAAUAGAAGCAUUGGCUGCUUUAUCUGGAUUUUAUUUAAUUAAAAGUAUAAGAAAUAAUCGUAUUCAGACAUCAGUUGAGGAGUUCAUAAGUGGUUUUCUGCAAAUUAUAUUUGGAUCCAUUAUAUUGGGUGAUUUAGUGGAUACAUAUUCUCCAGAUGGUUCGGUACACACAAGAACACUACCCGCUUUAAUUGUAGUGUUAGGUUGUUUAAUGGUUAUAGUUGCAGUUUUUGGUUGUUACACCAGAGAUAAUGUCCUGUUCACAAUACUCUAUAUAGUUUUUAUGUUUAUAUUAUUUUGUUUACAAAUUGCUUUGCUUGCUUGGAGUUGCAGUAGCAAAACAUCAUACCUAAAUGCUAUAUCAGCGCUGUUAACACAAACCUGGAAAGAUAAUACUUUAGGAAAUGGAUAUCCGAUGAAUGCGACUCAAAUCAAUUUCGAUUGCUGUGGACUAGAAGGUUAUACCGAUUAUGAGUCUAAUAAUAUGGUUGUGCCACCUUCCUGUUGUGGUCAUGAUACAAAUGUCGCAUGUCCAUUAACCGCCUAUCAAUAUAAAAUAGGCUGUGAAGAUAGUUUUUUAAAUUUCUGGAGUGGAAAUUUCGAAAUAACUAAAUAUGGCAGCAUUUCUAUUAUGUUAGUAGAGUUUUUCGCGUUACUUUAUUCUGUUUUAUUGGUUAAUAAUUUAAGAAAAACCUUCAGCGAUGAUUUGUAUUUAGUAACUAAUUAAUACAUAAUUACCUGUUAUAGUUUUUA